AUGGUAAGUUAUAAACUAAUUCACCAAAAGGUGGAUGUUACACUGGAUUUUGACAAUUACACUCUUAAAGGCUUUACUCACCUUAAAUUGAGGAAGAUUGACGGCACUGGUUACGUUGUUUUAAAGCCCGUUGAUAACACAAUUAAGUCUAAAAUUCUCGAAGAAUCGUACAACGCUGUCGAUCUCAUGAGUUACGAGGGACUUCAUUUAUCUGUGCAGUCUCUCAACGAUUCCAUAAUGUACAUUGAGAUAGAUCCAACCAAACCGGAGUUCGGUCUAGAUAUUUUUUUCGAUUACUACGACAUGACUGCCAUGAAUAGCGAGAUUUACUUUGAAAAACACUGGAUUCUGCCCAGAGCGUCGACGAACUACCGGGAGUACAAACUGCUGGUCUCCGCUAAGUCGAGUAAUUGCUGGUUUCCCACCUUCCUUAACAAAGACUACCGGUGCUUCAAAUAUGAGUUCAAUGUGACCGUUCCAGUGGACUACAACGUGAUAUGCGGCUUCCCAAUGAGAGAAGGUUUGGGCGAGCGCCAAGUUACGCAGUAUAUGAAGAAGAAAACGUAUAAAUUUGCAUCGUUUAACGUUACAGAAGACGAAUUAAGCAUGAAUAACGCAGAAUUUUCACUGGGAGAACAAAAAUUUGAGUUGGAAGAGACAGACCUUACACACACCUUAGGCCUUGCAGUGUACGAAAGCUUCGGAAUAUUCGCAGGACAGUUCGACUUUAGGGACGGGCUGCAGGUAGAGAAGAAGGAGGAGAUCUCGGAGGAGGUGGACAGCGACGAGGAGCUGGUGCAGAUGUCGAAGUCGACCUUUGAGCUGCAAACGAACUCGAAGCUGAUUUACGUCACGCUGAGGGGGUUCGGGUACCUGCUGGAGCCGACGAACGUGGCGACGACGCUGUGCCUGGAGACGUACAAAAGUGUCCUGGAGAUGGAGGUGUGCGGGCUCUACCUGCUCUUUCUGCCGACGGGGACGUUCCCGGAGAGCAUGGACGCGUCGGCGUGUCUGCGUAGCCAGAACCACGUGGAUUUUAAGCGCUGCAGCGGAUACACGGCCUCGGAAAACUAUCUUUUCUGCUCCUUCAUGGACCCAAUGACGAGAAUGUACCACGACCUAUACUAUAAAUCAGGAGGAAACAUGGUGGUGUACUCGCUGGACGUGUUGCACUCCUUCACAGACUUGACCCAUGACGCGAAGUGCAUAGAUAAGAGAAUAGCAAUAGCAACGGGGCUGUCGAGUUUGUACGUGAAGAGGGUGCACAACGCAGCCAAGAACCUGCACCUGAACCUUAUGCUGCAGAGUUACCUGGUGGACCAAUACAUAAAACGUAACCUGGGAGCGACGGAGCAUAAGUUGAGAGUGUGGUCAAGAAGGGAGCUGUUUGCAACGAUGGUGGAGUUGCUAGGAGACUACUACCCACUAACAGUUACCAAGGAGUACAAUGCCUCAGAAGACGUCAGUGGUCUGUGGAAGGGGGGCACUGUAAAAGGGGAAAAAGCCACCGGUGAAAAGGCGAAAAGGAGAGAAGGGCCUCAGCACACGAGUGAGAUAUCGGAGCAGGUGCUGAUGGAGGACGCAGUGUUCAUGCUCAAGUGCCAGCUGAUACCGAGCGUGCUCGAGAGCAUAAUAGCAAACACGAGUUUUCUAACAGAGUCGUUCAUAGUGACGCUAUUCAAACGGUUCCUGAGUACGUGCUCAGGGCGACCAAAGAGCAGUAAGCAGAGUGAAGGCACCAGUGGUGCCCUGGACGAGAGCGACAACAAUCAUGUGAGCACUGAAGUUAACGCUGCGGGUGACGGAAGCAGCGUUACCGGCAACCAAAAUCCGGAUAACGACGCCCCUGAAGGUCCUGACAAAAGCGACGAUAUUGGCUCCACUGCAGAUACCAGUGUUGGUUUCAAUGCUAGUGCUAGUGUCAAUGCUAGUGCUAGUGUCAAUGCUAGUGCUAGUGUCAACGCUAGUGCUAGUGUCGGUGUCGCUGCAGGCCCAGCUCCUAGUAUUGCUGCCAGCGUCAGCGCUAGUGCAAGUACCAGUAACAGUGUCGUAACUAAGGCAAACCCACCAGCAAGUCGCGACGCAAGUGUAGUUGGACUAACUUCAGGCAGCAAUGACGCGAAUGAAGAAGACGAUAACAUAUGGGAGUGGAUGCUGCGGGAAGUGCUAGCCAGAUAUGUGCUGUUCUGGAACAGUAAGCCGCAAAACAGGCUUAACAAGGAGAAGAAGCUGGAGGCGUCGAUGGGAGUGCAGGGGAUACUGCGCAAGGGAGAAGAGCACGACCAGCUGAGAGUGUGCAUAACGAACCUGCAGAACCUGGUCAAGUCGUACGUGUACGGCACGGGGUGUCCGCAGAUAAGCAUGGGCCUGAUCCUGCAGCUGCAGAGGAAGGGCACGAGCAUGGACCACCUGUCCUUCAGAGUGGACGUUAACUCGCUGCAGCCGCCGCUGGACGUUAACGACCAGGGGCAGACGAAGUACACGCUCGUCGACAUCACGUCGCAGGCGGCGAGAAACCUGUACAACAUGUACAGCAAGCUCCUGCAGCUGACGCACUACACGCAGCAGUCGAACUCGGACGUUGGAGAGGACGCAGUGGUCUACAAGAUGCUCCUGAACAUAUUUAACGUGACCACGAUGGGGCCGAAGGAAGAGAUAGUCGACUUCGGGGACCAGAGGGACAACAUGGGCCUGAUGUCCUUCAGCGAGAUCGGACUUCUGAAGAAGAAGAUGUGUCUGCACCAGACGUUCUUCGACUCAGUGGACAUGAUCGGAAGGGACGGCAACUUCGUUAUGGGCUUCGGGUACAUCGGCAACUACCCCUGGCCAUUCUGUCUCGGCUACGGGCCGCUCUGGGACUGCGUGGAGAUGCUAAAAAACUCGUGCGACAUCAACAAGAUCACGGACCUCCUGGUGGACAACGGCACCAACUUCUGCGGCACCACCAUCAAGUCGGACUACAAGCUGCAGUACAACCCGGGGCAGAUACCGAUAGCGACCUCGGGAGGGAUGCCCUACUGGAAGCUGGUGCUGGUUCAGCAGUCGCUGAUACAGCACGAGAAGAGGACGAGUGAGGACAAGUCGAUGCUCUGUUUGUCAGGAGGAUACGCCAAGAAGUGGAUGUUCUACCUGAUCAGCGAUAUUGUGGAGGACGACGGGGUCAGAGAGUCGAUAAAGCUUUUGGGUGAGUUGGUGCCGAUCAGUUAUAACGUGAACCCGCGAGCGACGAGGGGACGCAAGAAGGUGGCGCUGAAGGGCAUCGCAGAGGACUUGGAAAAGGAGCUGCAAAACGCGGCAGCAGGGACCUUUACAACAAAUACAGGGUCGAACACAUACCUGGGUCUGUACAGCGAAUGCGACAGGCACUUGGUGGAGUGGAUGAAGCACCUCUACAUGAGCCUGCACCCGGAGAUGACGCAGCUGGACAACAGGUCAAUCGUGGCGAAAAUAUGCUCAAAGACGAGGCUGCCGCUGCUGUGGAUACGCGUGGAUUCGGCGUUCAGCAUGCUGGCAAGGAUCAGGCGCUGCCAGUCAGGCUCGAUGUGGGAGCAGCAGCUGCAGUCAGACAACAACAUAUACGCGCUCAUAGAGGCGUGCCAGGCGCUGGGAAGCAUCGGAAAGUCGGAGUACGUGUCAGACAACCCGCUGACAGAGUCGGCCUGCAAGAGGCUGGACGAAGUGGUGAAGAAGCAGAAGGCGCACCCGAUGAUACGGGCGAGGUGCGUGUACUCGCUGGUCUGCCUGUACAACAGAGACCCGAGGCAGCACGGCUACCUCUACGGCUUCUUCACCAAGUACCUCACGAGGCUCGCAAACCUGACCAUUCACCCGGCGGAGGCGCGCUUCAUCGCGGAGUUCUACAAGGCGAUGUGCCUGCUGAGGAACGACCAGGGCUUCACCCCGGACUUCGUGCUCGACAUCCUGGCGAACGCCAUCGAGAACCUGACGGGCCCGAGCACGCUGACGCAGGCGACGAACCUGAUGGAGGCGGCCUCGUACCUGAACCCGCAGGAAGCGACCCACACGCAGCAGGGCGGCCUCGGGCAGAGCAGCGUGUUCAACCUCUGGGACUACCUCUGGCACAUGUUCAGGCUCGACGGAAUACCCGGCAGCUGCUCGCCCGGGAGGACGCUCGCGAGCAAGUUCCUGCUCUGCCUGUCUCGUCAGCCGGUCUUCCUGAAGCUGUGCGUGGAGCGCUUCAGGGCCGAGAGGGACCUGGGCUUCGACUUCGACCCGCUGCUCUUCCUUCCGCUGCGGCAGCACGUCAAACACAGGUUCCAGUCGGCCUUUGAGCUCUCGCAGAACUAUAACUCGGCGCUGGUGCAGAGGGCUGCCGUCAGGCUGACGUUGCAGCUCCUGCUCCAGUGUUCGUACCGGUUCAGGCUGAGUGUGGAAGGCUCCCCUAGCUCCAGCAACGCGAGUUCCGGCAGAGACGAUUACGCCAACUCCGAGGCCGCGUUCGAAUACCUGCUGGUCAACGAGCUGUUCAACGAGGGCGUGGAGGCCACACUUGAGGCGGUGGAGCCGGAACGGAGGCUGAAGCUGCUCCACCAAACCGCAGGGCUGCUCGAGUGCGUGAAGUGCGCGUGCUUCCUCUUUCACGUGGUCCGGAGCCCCGAACUCAAGAUCGCGCUCUGGGACAUGUUCUACAACGUGCUCUUCGACACGUGUAUGGCGAAGCCGAUUUUGUUUUUGAACCUUUCUGCGGCCACGCUGGAGCGCGCGCGCAGGUACAUGCUCGUCAUUCUCAAGAAGGCCGCAGUGUCGAAGCUGCCCUUCUACCUCAGGCUGUUCCCCAAGGUCCACAAGGCAUAUUCACUCCUGUUUGGCUUCGGCACUCUGUUUCCCAAGGAUCCGAAGCCGGAUAAAACUUUCGUCAACCAACGAAUUAAUCGUUUAACUUCCGGGUUGAGCAUGCCCAAGAUCGCUUCUUUCAAAAGGGCCUACGGCGAGGGCGAGUCUGGCUCAGGGGACGACUGGCAGAACGUUGCGCUCGAGGCUGUGAGGGCGCUAAAGGAGAUUCGCCAGUCCCACUGGUUCCACAAGGACCCUGAGAAGGAGUUUAAGGGCUACCGGUCAAUCAUAAAGAAGCCCAUCUGGCUCAACAAGAUUGAGCAGAAGGCGCUCAACAGGGCGUACACCAUUCCCAUGCAGUUCAAGGCCGACAUUGCUCUCCUGUUUAAGAACGCGAAGUUGUACAACAAGGUCGACACCAUUCCCUACAAGGACGCCGUCAUGCUCGAGGAGCAGUUUGACACUCUCUGGCCCUGCAUCGUCAAGGCGUUUCAGAAGAAGGCCCGGCUGGCCGUCGCUAGCCAGUAG